CUGCACAGACACACACACACACACACACGUUCACUCACUCACUCACUCGCCCCACUCCGGCACACACACACACACACAGACGGCCGCAGAGGGACACGGAGGGACACAGAACGUCACGAAGACCACGACUCUCAUCCACUCAUCCCGCCCGUCACAGGUCACAAGAUGGCUGCUGAAAAACCAGUCUCUGCCGAGGAGAUGGAGGAGCUGAGGGAAGCCUUCAGCAAAGUUGAUGUGGACGGUAAUGGCCACAUCAGUGCCAGGGAGCUCACCGACCUGUUCAAAGCUGCCAAUCUGCCGUUGCCUGGCUACCGCAUCCGAGAGAUCGUCACGGAGCUCAGCCAGACCAUGGACCAGAACAAGGAUGGCAAGAUCUCCUUCGAGGAGUUUGUGAACGUGGUCCACGGUCUGAAGAGCACAGAGGUGGCCAAGACGUUCCGAAAGGCCAUCAACAAGAAAGAGGGGAUCUGUGCCAUUGCAGGAACCUCCGAGCAGUCUGGGACUCAGCACUCCUAUGCAGAGGAGGAGAAGGUGGCCUUUGUGAACUGGAUCAAUAAGGCUCUUGAGAAAGACCCUGACUGUCAGCAUCUGCUGCCCAUGGACCCCUCAACCAACGACCUGUUCACUGCAGUGGGAGAUGGCAUCGUGCUGUGUAAAAUGAUCAACUUGUCUGUCGCAGACACUAUUGAUGAAAGAACCAUCAACAAGAAGAAACUCACACCCUUCACAAUUCAGGAGAAUCUGAACCUGGCCCUGAACUCUGCGUCCGCCAUCGGCUGCCACGUGGUGAACAUUGGCGCAGAGGACCUGAAGGAAGGCAGGCAGCACCUGGUGCUGGGCUUACUCUGGCAGGUCAUCAAGAUCGGCCUGUUCGCCGACAUCGAGAUCAGCAGGAACGAAGCCCUCAUAGCCCUGCUGAGAGAUGGGGAAUCUCUGGAGGAUCUGAUGAAACUCUCCCCAGAAGAGCUGCUCCUGCGCUGGGUCAACUACCACCUGGAGGAGGCUGGCUGCCCCAAGAUCAACAACUUCAGCUCCGACAUUAAGGACUCGAAGGCGUACUACAACAUCCUGAACCAGGUAGCCCCCAAAGGAGAUGAGGAGGGAAUCCCCCCAAUCGCCAUCGACAUGAGCGGCUUACGGGAGAAAGAAGACCUGUGCAGGGCGGAGUGCAUGCUGGAGCAGGCCGAUCGCCUUGGCUGCCGGCAGUUUGUCACGGCAACAGACGUCGUCCGUGGCAACCCCAAGCUGAACUUGGCGUACGUGGCCAACCUGUUUAACAAGUUCCCUGCCCUGAAGAAGCCAGAGAACCAGGACAUCGACUGGAGCUCCAUCGAGGGUGAAACAAGAGAGGAGCGCACCUUCAGAAACUGGAUGAACUCCCUCGGGGUCAACCCACGGGUCAAUCACCUCUAUCUGGAUCUGGCGGAUGCUUUAGUGAUCUUCCAGCUGUAUGAGAAGAUCAAAGUGCCUGUUGAGUGGGAUCGGGUCAACAAACCCCCCUACCCUAAACUGGGCAGCAACAUGAAGAAGCUGGAGAACUGUAACUAUGCGGUUGAGUUGGGUAAGAAGGAGGCCAAGUUCUCUCUGGUGGGGAUCGCUGGUCAGGACCUACAUGAAGGCAACAGAACUCUCACACUCGCUCUACUGUGGCAACUCAUGAGGAGGUACACUCUGAACAUCCUGGAGGACCUUGGCGACGGGCGGAAGGUGACGGACGACACCAUCGUCACCUGGGUGAACAACACACUCACAGAGGCUGGCAAGAAAACCAUCUCUGGCUUCAAGGAUGGCUCCAUUAGCAGUAGUAUGCCGGUUCUGGAUCUGAUUGAUGCCAUCCAGCCUGGGUCCAUUCGCUACGACCUGCUGAAGUCUCAAGACCUCACUGAAGAGGAGAAACUCAACAAUGCCAAGUAUGCCAUCUCCAUGGCGAGGAAGAUUGGUGCUCGUGUGUAUGCGCUGCCCGAGGACCUGGUGGAGGUGAAGCCCAAGAUGGUGAUGACCGUCUACGCCUGCCUGAUGGCCCGGGGGAUGAGGCGUGUGUGACACACACACACACACACACACACACACACACACACACACACACACGUCUACGCCUGCCUGAUGGCCCGGGGGAUGAGGCGUGUGUGACACACACACACACACACACACACACACACACACACACACACACACACACACGUCUACGCCUGCCUGAUGGCCCGGGGGAUGAGGCGUGUGUGACACACACACACACACACACACACACACAUCUCUGUGGCUUUGAUUAUAACCAGUCCAAACACAUAAAACACAUCACACCCCACAAAACACAUCAAUGACACACACACACACACAUGCAGAAACACACACACACACACACAUGCAGAAACACACACACACACACAUGCAAAAACACAAACACUCUCACAAAUAAAGCCUUGCUGAAUGUUUGUAUUAA